AUGUACGGUUGUGAUGUUGUGAAUAUGCAGGAGCAUCAGAGCGAUGAUGCCGUUCCUGACUGGGCCCAUGGCUCCUUUGCAGCCAUCGUGCUAGAGUACGUGGCAUCCCUGAACCAGAGGCCGGAACAGCCCAUGAUCCGCGAACAUGAGUUUGACACACUUGCGGCCACCCUUGCCCUCUGCUGCGACACGGCGCUUCCCGGCGCGCCCCUGGGCAGAGCAUCGGCGCAGGUGCAGCAGCGGAUGUACCAGGUCAAGGAGCUGCUUUACAACCAUAUCACGACUCACUUCCAUGCGAACUCCGAGAUCCGCCUGCCGCCACGUGGGGCUUCUGUGGCGACCUACUUCCAGACGGCUGCUCACCUUUUGAUGGACAUUGCGCGGCUGCUCUGGCUCGACGCAGACUUCGGACAUGGGUCCAUGGUCUUUCUCCCUGAGCCGCGUGAGAUCUUCUCGGCUCAGAUCUUCGCGGCGCUUUACUUGGCCGGUGCGUACGAAUCCUGGGAGCUGUCGUUCCCGGAAGGGGACUCGGCUUGGCAAUGGGAGGAGAUCAUGAAUCAAUUGGUGGAGCUCAGACAUGAGGUUCUCUGGUGUCAGCCAUUCCGCACGUGGCGUGAGGAGCUUCUUUGGAGCCUCCGCCCUGGGGUGAUUGCCUGGCCAACAGAGCGGCAACUUGACGAGGAGCGCAAAAAGUCGUCGCACGUCGAGGAGUUGCCCAUCGAUGAGCACCGUGACAAGAUCUUGAAGCACAUCGAAUCUCAUCGCGUCACGCCUGCUACCCCGGCUUGCCAGCUUGAGAUCGGUUGGGUUGUGGUUCUCUGCGUGUGGGAGGCCAAGAAACACCAGUUUCCCUGGGAGACAAAUGAUGGCAUGUUUGUCAUGGGUCCCAUCGGGGACAUGCUGCUGAAGAAGCUGAAGGAGAAGGACGUUACACCGACAGCGGAUCCAAGAAGCUAUUCAACCAAGUCCUUCUGCUCUACACCAGUAUCUCCCUCUACAGCGCUCCGGCGUGGGAAGUGCAAGAUUGCAGGCAGCAGGUGCAAGCGUUACAACCCUCGCCUCUUUAUCCCCCAGUCGUUGAUGGACGGCUUGGAGAUCGCCAAUGAACUCAAGUCUGCGGCGAACAAGCUGUUGGAGGAGGCAGCCGACGAAGUGCCCUACGGCAUCGAGGAGAGCGGAGAAGGGGAGGCCACAGGGCGCCGAGAGAUCUUACCGGGCAUCGCGCCUCAUGAUCUCGCCUUCGAGCUGGAGGAACCGAUCCCGAAUGGGGCCCCGGUUUUCACAAAGCCAGGCCGAAUUGCACGUUUCAGAAUCAAGGAGGAGCGCUGGAAUCGAGAGAUUUUGACAGCUGGCACUGAAAGUGUGAAGGGGGUUCUGAAGCGCCUCAGCGCCUCCGAGUUCGCGUGCAACAUGCAGCUGCUCGGGGAACUGCGGGAGUGGUGCGACGGAUACCGGGCCAUCAAGGCCAAGAGAAUGGCACAGAAGGCUUUUCAGUUCGCAGAGGACCGCGAGCUUGCUUUGCAGCGCCGCAGCCGCAGUGCCAAGCGCAGUGACCAGCCUGAGCUGGUGGAGCGGGGCCAGCUGCGGGCGAAGAAGCUGGGUGAGCUGGCUGCCAAGGACGUCGAGCAUACGAUCGACUCAGCGUUGGAGAUCUGUCAUUGUGGCUACCAAGAGAUCUGGCACGAGGGACCUGUUUCUUUUGAGGUUCCUCGUGUCCCACAGCGCCGCAAUUCGCGCCGGCUUUCAAUCUCCAGGUCCCCCCUGGAAGCGAUGGCACCGGCUCAUGUGUGUUGCUCCGAGACGUCGCCAAGCCCAGCACUGAUCUGCACGGCCACGCGGCAAUCUUGCGAGGAGUGGGGGAUGGAACUCUUGUCCUUGUGUUUCGACAUAGACCGGUAG